GCAUCCGAUAUUGCGCGCUAUCAGGAAGUUUUGUUCUCUUCAUGAACACCUUCUUUCUCCUUGUAGGUGCAGGUCGAGCUGGCUUUCCACGUUUCAGCGGCAAUGAGGGAACGCGGUUCCUUUAUGACGGCCAAUGCGAGACUACCAAAAAGACCAACAUCGGCGUUCACUUACGCACCAACGUUCUGGGUACCAUGCUGUUAGGGGCCAGCAACUACUGUAUGCGGUGUAUGAGUGCACCUACAAGAGCUGAGGCCGAGCGAGCACAUGCGAAAUUCAGAUGGGUCGACAUUGGGACUCCUAGUAUUCGCAGCCUGGGGCAAAUACGCAGGCUGCGCGUCGUGCUCGGCUCCUAUUGGGAACAUCGUCUCUACCAUUGCACUUGUUGUAGGUAAACUAUUACAAUCGUUUGUCGAACCGUCUACGCCGAACUUCAAACGCAGUAGCAUAUUUGAUGACAAUCAGAUCAACAUCAGCGAUCGCAUGUUCAACUUCGCCCAGACGGGGCGUCUUCAGCGUCUGACCAGGACCGAUUGUGUCAAUGCUUAUGCCCAAAACUACCGGUCUGCGCGGGAAGCGUCGUACUUGCAGUUUCCAACACAAUCCUACGUUACACCGACGGAGCCAUCGCCGACUACGAGACGUAAGUUGCUCCCGUAACCAGUCUUGAUGAUGAUCAACCCAAUCCUGUCGAAUAGAUUUGCCAACAAUACCCCACUAACGGCGCGAGUUGCGCAAGCUGGAUCUCCAAAGUACAAA